UUGGGAGACGACUCUUCCAAGCCCAUCGGUAUGAUAUGCGUCGGCGGAGUUCCUUUCCCUACCGGUUCCGAUGAUUCGUCUUCCUCUCAGGGAGAAGACAUCAUGAUGGCCUUAAUGAAUCAUCCCGCUUUGAUGGCUGCAUCUUUUUCAUUAAGUGCCACUCAGGAGAGAAAGCUUUCUCUUUCCAAUAGUUGUAAUUUGGUGGGAAUGAAACAAAUAAAAUGGGUCUAUAUUUUCCAAAGAGAAUAUGCUACUAUCAACCCUUCACUUGUUGAUGUGUGUUUAAUUAUUCUCUCUUUAUCUAGUACUAGUAACUCUACUUUGACAGAAUGGAUUAAACCGUUGAUCCCAUGUGCUCAUUUUUCAUUAUUAAAUAUCAUCUAAAAUCUACCUUUUAUAUUGUUUCAAAUAUUUUUGCUUGCAUGGCUCUUCUUGUUAUAGUAUUGCAUGACGUCCUUUUCUCAGUUUCAGACAAUUUUUUCUUUAAGUUAUUUAUAUGUCAAAUGUAACCAUGCAUUGCUGAAUAGAACUUCAUAUAAUAAUCAUUUUCGUAGCAUUUUAAUCCAUACACUAAUUCUCUGAUCUAGUCAUGCUGGAGUAAUGAUGAUGAGUCAUAUAGGGAUCUUAUUGUUCUCAAUCCUAUAAUUAUUUAGCGUAUACAUAUCAAGAACACCGAAAUAAAAGCAAGUAUAUUUAAGUAUUCCUGAAAUGCAACUGCUUUUAUGUUUUGGUCAAACUUUUAUGAACUUAAUUUAUGUUUACUCAUGUAUGUUUCAAAGUUUCAAUUCAGAUUCUUUAUUGUUCUCUUUCCUCACGGCCUAAUAUUUCCUCCCUGCCUAAUGUCUUCUUGUUGUCACGAAAAAGAUGGUUGGCACUGAUGAGGCGACGACCUGUGUAGGUCUUAUCAUACGAAAUCUUAAAAGCGGAAUGUAAGGAUCCUAAUCACUCUAGGUUGGAGUUUCAUGAAACUGUAUGACCUUGGUAGCAAAGAAGCUCCAAAAUGUUCAACUGUUCUAUUGUCAUUCACACACUACACUUUAGAACCACAGCUGCGUCUGCAUUUGUGGUUCUUAGGUCUGAACUCUGAAGUAAAUGCCUCCAACGAUGCUAUAUUUGUGUUUUGGAUGCAGGAUAUCUGUUGCCCAUAUUGAUUCUCCAGAUGUUGUUGAUAUCGGCCUAACCCAAAUGUUAUCCUCCAUUGUUGAUAAUGAUGAUGCCAUUUUGGAUGUACAUUUAAUUGGUGGCUUUAAUGAUGUCCCACAUGAAGUCAGGCAUAAAAAUUGUGUAUCACAUGAUAAUGAAAAGUGGGAGGGAUAUUCCUUCCCCCUUUGUUCAAAGAUAGUUGACACCAUGGGGAAGAGUACCAAUAUUUUCAACAUUAAAACGCUGCAUGUUCUUGAUCAUAACACCACAAGGGAUUCAAAAGGAAAUGCAUGCCCAAUCUUCAAUGGUUUCCUGGUGGAAACUGCCACCGGGUCAAUAUUUCCAGCAACCUUUGAUGGAACAACAAGAUGCCCAGAUGAACUCAUUAGGAGAAUCCGAGUGACUUCUUCAUUUGAGGACCUCAGUUGGAAGGGUAGAUUGCUGGAGACAUAUGACACGCUGUCGGACCGAUUCAUUAUUGCUCCUUGCACAUGGUAAACCUCCACCUUGAAUUAAUGGUCAGCCCAUCAAAAACAGAUUGCUCUAGGUCUGCAAAAUCUAUGUGAUCCAGAAAUCCUUCGUAUCUGUUCCACCUCACCUUCUGCUGAACCUCCUCAUUUUGUGGAUGAUCUAAGAAGGCAAUGGGAGUAUUUAAUCAAACACCCAGAUUGGCGAGAAACGUUUCCUGGUAAACAUCCCAGAAUAUUUGUGAGAACAGCUAAUGGGGGUUGGGAUAGGCUCCUCUUGGACUAAAAUAUUGCAUCCAGGCUGUGAAGUAUGCACGUCCAGGCUGCGAAAUAUGCAAGCAUCCAUUUCAUGCCAUUGUAGAAUCAGAUUAUUGCCCAAUACUGGCGUAAAUUCCCCCCAAUCUAAUAUUACCGCUUCAAUUGCCAUGGUCCAUGGAAGGUGAACAUAAUGUCAUAAGACUCAUAACAAUGUUAAGGACAAUAGUAAUAACAUCUAAAUCAUAAUGGUGAAAAAUAUGAAUCUUCUAGUUGGUAUCCCCUUUCUUAUUGUAGAUAGAAAGAUAGAUAAUCUACAGCCAUCCCAUGCCCAUAUGAAUACAAGAUUAUACAGUAUAUUUGGUCAUGGAGAUUGCUUCCAGAAUUUUGAGCAAAAUGUAUUGUACACCCUAGUGCAGUUUUUCAGUUCGGGUCUUUUUGUGAUUCUUGUAAUUGCUCUUUUUACAUAUGAAGAAUGCUUUUUUGGUUGUGCUGCAUAUUUAACCGUGGUCACAUGUUUAAUCAGUUUCAUUCUAUAUAAGAAACACUCAUUGUGAUUUGUGCAUAA